AUUGAAAAGAAUGUUUACAUUUGUCACAGAUAUUAAAGGCAUAACUUCAUGGUAUAAUUCAAAGAAUGAAUCAGUUGUAUGUGUAUAUGGUAAAGGAUUUGAGAUAUUGAUUUAAUGAUAUAUGUAUAAGAGAUUCUGAAAACAGAAAUGACGAGUAUUACAAUAUCAGCAAUUCGAACACGAACAAGUAUCCUUGAUAAAUCAUUAAGUAAAGGAAAGGGAGAGGUUAGCUUGAGUUGUUUUGCACUUUUGUUUUCAGAACUCGUACAAUACUGUCAAAAUCGAGUGUACACUGUACCAGAAUUACAAAAUAAAUUGGCAGAAAUAGGUAUGGAAGUUGGCCACAGAGUAACAGAUCUACUUGUCGUACGAGAGAAAGGUGGAAAACGUGAAAUAAAAUUAUUAAAUAUUUUAUUAUUUAUUAAAAGUACAGUAUGGAAAUCAUUGUUUGGUCGUGAAGCUGAUAAGUUAGAACAUGCAAAUGAUGAUGAACGUACUUAUUAUAUCAUAGAAAAAGAAGCAAUAGUAAAUAAAUUUAUAUCAGUUCCAAAAGAUAAAGGAAGUUUAAAUUGUGCUUCUUUUAUUGCUGGCAUAGUUGAAGCUAUUCUCUGUGAUUGUGGUUUUCAAGCAAAAGUGACUGCACAUUGGCAUAAAGGAACAACAUAUAUGGUUAAAUUUGAUGAUGCAGUUAUUGCUCGUGAUAAACAACUUGAAGAUCGAUAAUUAAAUAUAUAAUAUAUAUGUGUAUAUAUACAUAUAUAUUUUAAAGAAAACAAAAUUAAAAUAAAAUAUAAUAUUUAAAUAUUAAAAAAAAAUCUUUUAAAUAAAAAUCUAAAAAGAAAAA